AUGGAAGAUAGCAAUCUCAAUGAAUUGCAUAAGUAUAAGGGGUCUGGGGAUUUAGAAAAAUCGUCACAACCUGAGUUUGAGGAGUUGCGCUUAAAGCCAGUUUCUAGUAUAGUCAAACGCAAGUUAAUUUUGAAUGUUGUAAUAGAGACUACCCUUUCAAUUGUAUUCUAUCACUACUAUGAGAAAAUAGAGGAGGUGAAUUUGUUAUUGGCUCCAGCACUUUUAGGUGCUUCUACCGCGGCGUUAGCACAGUCUUUCAAUCAAGCCCAAAAACUAAAAUACAGUAUAAAUCGAGUUUUAAAGUUUACAGUAUGGGGAAUAAUAAACGGAACCCUUACGGCUCUAUGGAUUAACUUACUAAUGCAGCGUAUAAAAAAUCUUUCGUAUAGAAUUUUAGUUGACCAAUUGCUUGGUGUGCCAAUUUUUCAAUUAAUCUUUAAUGUGCUAAAUAGCUUGUGGGAUCAAGGAGAACUUGGAAGUAACACGAGAAUUAAUUAUCUUAAGGCACUUCGGUAUAGUUACUUUUUUUGGCCAUUCUUUUCGAUUUGUCUGUUCCUUUUCUUUCCUCAACGAGUCAUGUUUCCUGCAAAUUGUUUGGCUAAUUUGAUAUGGAAUCUUAUAUUAAGUAUGAUAGCAUAG